CCGCCCCCCUCACCGCCCCCCUCACCGCCACCGUUACGUACCCACCGUUACGUCACUUAACCGCCAACACAUUCAACUUUGGUCACAUGAUCGACUCACCCCUGGCCGAUGACGACGCCAAUAUCUCAGACCCCAUCCCCAGGCUGCAGUCAUCAAACCACUACAGCCACAACUACAAUAUUUAUAAUACUAACGACGACGACGACGAAGACGAUGAGCUCUCCAGCACAGCCAAAGCCGCCCUGGUCGGGUGCACGGUGGUGGGGGUUAUGCUGGUGGCCAUCCUGUGUUCCUGCCUCCGCUCCUGCACCCCGUGCAGCAGCCCGUGCAGUCAGCUGUGGCCGACCCAGACCACGACGGGCACCGACACCACAGUGGUGGACGCCAACUCCAGCUUCAUCGUCUCUCUCUCCGAGACUGGCUGCGAGCUCAAGGAGAGAGAUAUGAGACCAUCGUUCUCAGAGGCCACGAGUGCCUUGGCCAGUGACAUCACCAGCUGUGGCGGGAGGAGAAGCGUGGAUAAACGGAGGGUGUCUGCUGGGGAAAAUG